GACCGUGGGGCGUGGUGGAGUGUGUUAUUUUUGGGGCCGACCUUUUCUAACCCCCCCUUCCACUGAGAAGGCAGCAUCAGCUUGGCACUGCUGGUCAUCCAAGGGAAACACCUUACUGCUGUCACACCCCAUCCAGCUAGCAGCAGUACGACUUCGCCCUCAGACCCCCAUCAUAGUGUAGCAAUUUACACUAUGACGGUAACUGCUUUUCGUCUAACCACUACCCAACAGACCUUUCUGGUAUGGUAGGACCUCGAGGGAACAAGCGUUCCACCAGCAUAGCUCGUUGGGUCAUUGUGAUAUGCAAGCCCGACCACCACGUCAAGGUAGCAGCUAUCGGUCGGGCCACAAUAAAUUAAUAUUCAUCGGUUUACUUUAAUCGUAAGGUAUGCGUAAGGGAGACGCAAAUUAAUACUUACGUUUUAUGGUAAAUUAUGCCUAUUGAAUCUGUAUGCGAAAGCCGUUCGACCUUGAUCUAUGCUGUUGUAGUUACUGAGGUGUUACCCUAUUUAUAUUCCGAUAGUUGAUGGUUGUUCAUGAAACUGACAUACUUUAUGUUAGUUUAACGUUCUUAAUAGAGGUUAUUCCUUAUCAUGUCGAAGUAUGGACACUAGUUCAGCAAUAAUCUACCACUCAGUAGAUUUUUCUUAAAUAGUGAGGUAAGUGCAAAUGUUUCAUCACUAAAGUUAACAUCUCUUGCUGCCUCACCAUUUUUAGUCUGCGUGAACUAAAGUUAAUAUUCAUCCUAAUUUAUGAGUCUAACGAAUAAAACUUUAUGAUUUUCACAAUCUUAAGCAGAUACUUCCUGCUAAUUUUUUGUCUAUUUCCUGGCCAAAUAAAACUACUCUUAAGAAAUUUCAGAUUCUGUUAUUAACAGUUUGUAUUCAUUUUCACUAUUUAACUAACCAUUGAUAUGUAAUGAUAGAUAUCUCUCAACAAUAAUGUACGCGUUCGUGAAUUUGAUAAUAAAUCACACUUAUUGCAUGAUAAAUAUAGUGUUAUCUAACUGCUUAAACCUCAGUAUGCAGGGCGGGAUUCGAACAUUUGACACUUGUUAAAAGUUGAUUGGCUAAAUCAGUAUGGUAUAUCUCCACUCGCUGAAAAAUUUAGUAUUCUGUCUAUUUUUGUUUCUUCAACAGAUAUCUUAAGAGUAGGAUUGAUGAUGAAUGUGCAUCCGUUUUAGGGAUUUUGUAAAAUAUACCUUUUAGGUAGGAGGAAUAAGUCAAAUUGAUUCCUUUAUGAUAGUUGUUUUUUAAGCUAAGAUUCAUUUUACAUUUUACAAUUUAGUUGUCACUUUCAUGAAUUUGCUCGAAAAACAAGCCUUUUUAGAUUCUUUCUCAGUUUAUAUUAUUCUAAUCCAAAAGCAGACUAUAAUUCUUUUAAGUGUAUGCUUUGUAACACUGCAAUUUCAUGCAUGUUUGUACACGGAACUCGGAACUAUACAUAUCCUAUGAUGGCUAGUUGCAGUAGAUAGAAUGGUUCAAAUGCAUAACACGAGUUGAAGGUCUAAUGUUUAAACCAAUGGAUCUCAACCACUUUUUUUUCGUUGUUACUAUUAUUCGGUUCCUAUUCUCACGUAAAAAGGCGUAAUGUAGUGAUCAUAUAUAGCCUUAUUGAGACUUCUCGAAAUGUUACUGAAAUGUGAUUAUGUUAUCUGAGCUUAAGUUUUGUAGGUAAGCACGCAUUUCGCUGAGUCAUAGUUAAAUAAUUCAUAAUGCUAUUUUGGAUCGCAGUAUUUGCUAACGCUGCAUAACAUUUUUAUAUGCAUUUUGUCCUACAGUUGGUAACUACUAUAUGCGCUGUCUAGUUGGGAACUCUUUUCUAUGUAGUAGUUUGGUAUCCUCAACAGUUAAGGAUUUGUGUUCAGGGUCAUGAACGGAUGCGUAUGCUUGUACUGGAGCAUCACGUAAUGUGUAACUCAGUUGUUUCAAUGGGAUUGGUACUUUCAUAUCUUUAUUAAUAAUUCCUUAAAAUAUACUGUAUGCAUUUUUUGUCACUGAUUGAGUUGUUUCUAUGAUUCUUCUUCUCUCUUACCUCAAUGCACAGGGUCGUAAAUCUCGACGUUCUAGACGUUUACUGAGAGAACGUCGAGCUCAAGAAAAAUUCCCUCAACUACUGACUACAAAGUGCAAUUGGUCUUUUGAAUGGUCAACCUAUAUCCAGACGCACUGUCUACUUAUCUGCUAGUUCAUCCGAUUCUGGCGAAUAUCCAUCAGAUAUGGAGGAACAUGAUUUCUCAGGUAUUGUAUACGGAAGUCCUACCUCGAAAGCGGCUACAAUUCGUGCUCAAAGGGCACGCGCAAAACCUAUUCUUUCAAAUGCUCGUGGACCUUCUGUUCUAAUCGGUGGGAUGACUUCAAUUAGUUUGUGUCGCAGAAAUAAUAAACAAUCAGGUCCUGGCAGUGGUUCAAAAUAUCGUUCUGUAUCAAGUCGAACUUCGAGCAGUAGCGAACGUCGUAGCAGUAGUGGUGGAAGUCCUCGAGGUCGUCGAUUAUCUUCUAGUUCAUCGGAUAGAUCCUUUUCAUAUCGAGGCUCACGUAGUAGAGUUCGUCGUCUUAAGCACUCACGUGUUGAAUACAUAACUACAUUCGGUGAUAAUGAAGAUGAAGUUGGUAAUAAGGGAAAAAAUGGUGGAAAUGUUCGAUCUGGUCCGAAUAAACAGACUCCAUUAUUUGACCAAGGGCGUGGAGUGUUUGGUGCAAAUGACAGCAAACCUCCUGGAUCGGCUGCAUCUGCUGUUGCAGCUUCUGUUGUUUCGAAACUCCUCAGUUCAACAAAAACACUUGUAAAUCAGGGGAAAAUUGGUUCCGACAGUAUGUCUAACCAAAGUUCUGUCAAAAAAGAACCUCUUUUACGUUCAUCUCCUGGUUUCAGUGAUCGGCGAAGACGACCACCGUCAAAGAGUCGUUACCGUUCCCCGUCAAGAUCUCGGUCUAGUAGUCGCCGAUCUGUUAGUAGUUCCCAUGGUAGUGGGAUUCGUCGGAGAAAUAACAGUCAAACCCGUAAUAGCAGCAAUAACAGAGGUUAUCAAGGCUCUUAUAGAAGAUACCGACGUAGUCCAUGCCAGUAUCGAUCUCGACGCAGGUCUUCUUCAUCAUCAAAAAUAUCACAUUCUGACUCCAGCACUUUAGUAGACAAUGGAAAGUCAACUUGUAAUCGUACCAAUGUGAAUCAUCCUUCCAACAAGAACUAUGGUCAAAGUUCAGCGCAUUUACCAGACACUAUUCUUCGGUCUACUGAAAAACAAUCUUCACCUCCUGUACGUAAACGAUAUUAUCGCCCUGAGUUGGAAUCAGCUGAUGAAUUAGAACUUUCCGAGGAAGAAAUAGAUAAGAGUAAAAGAGAAUCGUCUAAAUCUUCAGAAGUUAAUUCAGGAAGGCAGUCAAUCUCACGGAAGUUGGAUUCACAUCCUUAUGGAGAUUCCGCGGGUAAGAUGAUGACGUCUCAACAGUUGGUCACGGGCGGUCCUAUUCUCAGCCAUGAUUUAAAAAGCUCUGCUGCAACUGGUUCAGGUGUUCGUAUUAUGCCUCAGGAAUUAUUAAAACGUCGUGUUCAGUCUCAGCUUACCAAAGCUUUUAACGCUGACAAAAAAGCUGAAAUGGAGAAACAAAUUCAACUCGAACGUGAACGUCAGGCUCGCGAAGAAGGGUUGCGUCGACAGGCUCGCCUUCUUAGACGUCAAGAAGAGAAACGACUACGUGCAGAAAGACGUGCUAUGGCCUUGGAAUUAGGAUCGAAUCUUGGGAAUACUUCUGAUUCUUCAUCAGUUUCAUCUACUUCCUCAGGUAGUAGGCAUCGCAGUAGCCGGGUGAGAAGUAGGAGGUCACCAGUUCGUCGACAGUCAUCAGCAUAUUCUUCUCACCACUCUGGAGGUCGAGGGUAUUCUCCACCUAGUUUAUCACGUAGCCGACCUCGAGCAGAAUUAGAAGAAGGACUUUUAGGCACCCCAAACUGUACUACAGAUGGAAGAUUACCAUCUCCACCAUCUAGUUCAAAUAUGCGUCGAUCUUUCUACAGUUCAUCGGGUGACAAACAUGAUACACAAAGAGGCCUAUCAGGCACUUUCCCUAGAGAUCGAACUGAACGCCCUACCAGUUCUUUGCUUGGUAGUCCUGUUCGAAGUUCUUAUUAUAGUUCAAAAGAUCGGAUAGGCGUUUCUUCCCCGUCGCGAAGCGGUGGUUCCAGGGAAGAGAAACCCUAUGGUUCUGGUCGUUCUUCCUUACCCUCACGUGAUGGAGUAAAGAGAAAUACUGAACAGCAUUUUGUCAGUACUGAUAACUCUAAUAGAUUGAACCAAUCCUCAAAUAGACGUUCGAGCGUUGGUAAUACACAAUCGACUAGGAUGUCGUCAUCAAAUAGACCAAACACCUCCAGUAAUACGGAUUACCGACGUAGGGAUAGAUAGAUGAUCACUAGACGUAAUUAUCAUUGAUUAAUUUCUUAGAACAAUGAAGAUAAUAGUAAUCUCUUUCUUGUUGUAUAUGAAUGAUGUAUACAUUAAGCGUAUAUAACUUGCUUUUAUCCCCCUACAUACUGUCAGAUAACAAGUUCAUGUUUAAACCCUUCUUUUCAUUCUCACCUAAUUUUUUCUUGUUGUUAUUGUCACGGCUUACAGUCUAGUUAACUUUUUUCAGAUUUUUUUCUCUCAUUUAUAAUUACUUCUCUUCUUUAUUCUCUUUUAUAUUACUGUAUAAAGUUUAUAUUUCAUCUUUUUGUUUCAACAUUCGAAUUGAUAUAAACAUAUGAAGUUAUACAUAUUCUUUUUCACAUUAAAUAAUAAUGAAGAGAAUGUUGAUGACUUUCCAUACUUCAUUUAGAAGAUUCCAAUUUUUAUUGUGAUGGUAAAAAAAUGUCCUCAUGAAUUCAAGCCUUUGCUUCAUUAGUUUUUAUUGCUUUUUUUAUUUAUUGCGUCAAUUUCGUGUUUAUUAAUCGUCAAAGGUUUGUCUCUUUCUCUUUUUUUUUAACCUACAAAAUGCAGAAUAUAUUAUGUAUAUAAUGGAGUAAAUUUGUUCACUGAUUUGUCUGUUAAGAAUGCUCGGUCACGCUGUUUGAGUAAUCAAUUAUAAAUUAAAGUAUUG